UAAAACUAUCCACGCACAAGUGGUAUAGCUACUUGGCUUCAAUGGGCAACGAUGAAGAGAUGGAUGUCUCCUCGUUGAUCAACAAUUUAUACUCCCUAUUUGACGAUCAAUAUUUCAAUCUCCACAACUCAUUAAACCAGCCUCAGAUUAAUCAAAGGAAGAGGAAAGCAGCCGAUUUGAGCACUUCUUCAUCUUCUUCAUCACCUCAACCAAACCUACUUAAUGCUAAUCGUCGUCGAGGAAGAAGAGCAAAGAAAGAAGACGAAGAAGAAGCAAUUAAGAGAGGUGAAGUGAUUCAUGUAAGAGCCAAGAGAGGCCAAGCCACCGAUAGUCACAGUUUAGCUGAACGGGUUAGAAGAGGUAAAAUUAAUGAGCGAUUAAAGUGUUUGCAAGAUAUUGUUCCUGGAUGCUACAAGACGAUGGGCAUGGCAAUGAUGUUGGACGAGAUCAUCAACUAUGUGAAGUCGUUGCAAAAUCAAGUGGAGUUUCUGUCGAUGAAGCUCGCAGCCGCAAGCUCCUUUUAUGACUUCAACGCGGACACGGAUGCCAUGGAGGCAAUGCAGAUGGCGAAUGCAUUAGAAGCAAUCAAGGCCGAGAAUGUAGUGGACCAACGACUCUCUUCUGCAGCUCAACUAGGCUACUACUAUCCACAUCAACAUUAUUAAUUCAAUAUUCUUUAAUUUUCUAUUAAAAAUUUGUAUAACCACUCAUCUCUCUAUAUGGAAAAAAAUGGAAAAUAUAGUGUUUGUUUUCUUCAUCAUCAUAUACUAUGAUAUAUAUCUAAUUGGAUUGGUACUGGUUA